AUGAUGAGUUUGGCUACAUCUGUGGUUACUAGAGAGGUAGUGUUACAUUCGCUUGUACCAUCUUCGUUUGUUCCCAGUGUAAUAAGAGGUGGACCUAGUAUACGCCAACCUCUUCGUCAUCCUCGCAACCAAACAAACGAAAACAAUGAACCAAUUAUCGAAGAAGAUCCGGAGGCUUUUUCCUUUCAACAGGAACCUACCAGUGAUGGAGAUGGUGUGAUAUUGAAUGAUGAACAAGCGACUCAUCGACACCAUCAUCAUCAUCUUCAUCAUCAUCAUCUAGGUAGUGAUAUCAGUAAAUUACCAUCAAAUGGAGGCUCUUCCAAUUUUGCACCUCAACAUGAUAAGGAUGGUAAACCGAUCAAAACUCAUGGACCUGAAACUUUUGGUGAUAUUAUGUUACAUCCUAUCAAACAAUUGGAAUUUCAUCGUCGACGACUAAGUGUCUUUGAACAUGAAAAAAAAGAAUGGGACGAAAAACAUCAACAAUCUACUGGUACAGAUGGUGUGCCUGUCAAUACAACUAGUGAUGAAGAAGCGCCACCUGCAGCAAACAAGCCUAAAGUGAAAAUAGUGAUCCAUUUCAAGCAUUUGAUGGGUGAACAGGCUGUUCGUGUUACAAAGCCAAUCAUUGACCAAUUAAUGGAUCCGCUCUCACUGACUGCCGAUGAAAUUUUACGAUUAUACAAAGUGAACGAUACUGAUGACUUGGUAGAAUUCUUCCAUAGCACCAAACGCGACUAUUCUCUCAAGAUUCACAAAACUGUCAAUUUGCAUCAAAAGAAAGAAGAAUUAAAGGCUGAAAUUGAAGAAAAGAAACAAGAACUUGAAGAGCGUGCUCAUAUCAAGUUGAGACAAAAUACAAUGGAAUCGGAAAAAACUGUGGAUAGUGGACCAGCUAUAGUCUUGCCAGAAGGUGCCAUUGAACUUAAUUCAAAUGUCUUUUUAGAACUUAAGGUCAUUCAAGAAGAAGUAGAAGCUCUACCAGAAAGUACUCGACGUCCCAUUUUUGCGUAUGUGAGAAAAAAUAUUAGUUUGAUAGGUGGAUUUUCUGAUCUCUUUUUUUUUUCUUUUCUUUUCUUUUCCUACAGACUUCCUGAUCCAGAUUUAUCGGAUGAAAUUGGACAAGAAACUUCGGCUACUUGGGUUGAAUUAUUCAGUGAUGUGUUCUAUGUGGGUUGGUUAAGUUCUUUUACUCAUGCUCAUCAUAUGGUGGAUUCUGUGUCUCUGUCAAUCUAUGUAGGUUGGUUUGUGGUCAUGUGGUGGACUUGGUGUUCUAGUGCUUUAUAUUCUGCUCGCUAUGAUAAUGGCGAUGUUAUGCAUCAUAUUUACAAGAUCAUUGAUCUUUGUGGUUUAAUUGGUAUGGCUGGUGCUUCUGAUGGUUAUGAAACUUCUUCUGCCAAAGGUUUUAUUAUUGGUUAUAUGGUCAUGAAGGCUGUCUUGUUGAUUCAAUAUAGUGUCGUUCUAUGGGCUGCUACACUCUCUGGAUCUUUUGCGCGUCGUCCACUUUCCAUCUAUGUUGCUGUCAAUGCUCUAGCUAUUAUUCUUUGGGGUGUCUCCCUUUUGUUUCUGGAAUCUGGUUCUUCAGCUGAUGAUGAAGCAAAACAUAAAACGAUUCGUCUUGCUCUUUGGUAUGUUAGUAUUGUUAUCGAAGUAUUGGUCAAUAUGUCUUUACAACGCUUCAAACAAGUCUCAUUGGCUGCAAGUCAUUUGGCUGAACGAUUUGGUCUCUUUACUAUUAUUAUUCUUGGUGAAAACUGUAUUGGUUUUAUCAAGAUGGUUUCUGAAUCUCAUGCUGAAGUUAGAGUUGUGGUGGCCAAUAUGUUUGGUUUGGUGAUUAUUUUCUUAUUCUUCUUUAUGUAUUUUGAUGAUUUCUCCAAAGAGAUUCUCAGUGAAGUUCAAGUUAGUCAAAUCUGGAUGUACCUGCAUUUCCCGCUCCAUUUGUGUCAAGUGGCCUAUGGUAUUGCUAUGACGGAUAUCAUCACGGCAUAUAGAUUGAAACUCGAUAUUCCUGAAAAUGCAGCGCUAGCUUUCCAUGAACAAUGUCAACAAUUAGAACAUUCAACAACACAAGCACCAACUCAACAUGCAGCAUUCACUUUGGUAGAAUCCUUGACUAGAUCCUUGAUGAUGGCAUCGACUGAAGCUGUAACUAGUGAAAGUACAUCUUCUGAUUUACUUAGUGCAUGCGAAGAACUCGGCGGAAACAGCGAUGGUUUAGAUUAUGUUUACAAGGCGUUUUGGAUUACAGGUGGACUUAUCUUAUGUAUCAAUGCAUUGAUCAAGCUAGUGAACACGCCUGUUAGAGCAAAAUGGUCGCGACUUAUUUGUGGUUCAAGAUUCCUGAAUGCUAUUGUCUUUUUCGGUUUGUCAGCUGCUUCUUUCUCUAAUUUUAAUGGUUUAGGAAUGCUUGGUAUCAUGUUGGCUUGUUUGGUGUUACAAUCUUCCAUUGAUCUUCUUGAUUAGUUAGUCAUAUUCUUUAUUCUAGUAUUUAUACUCCCCCCAUCCAUACACCUUGUAUUUAUACCUUAUAUUUAGACAAUGAUGGUACAUGAAAAAUCAAAUGUCCCAUUCUUUUUUAAAAAAAAAAUUAAAUUCAUUUUCUUCUUCUUUGAAAAAUAAAAAACUCUUUAUGUUUCAAUACAGAAAACAUAUCCUACA